AUGGGCGACGUUGUGGUUGCAAGGGGAUCAUGCAUGAACUGUUACUUCUUGAAGAAAUCGAAAGCCCGAAACUGUUCAUUCCGAUGUGACCAGGUUGACUACCCUCUUGCCAUAUUCCAAUUGUCUAUUGGCGACUGGAAAUGGGAUCCUGCCAGUCCUCCUCAAGCUGCCACUUCCAGCCUUGAUCUAGCACAUGGCUGUCAUCCUUCCGCUCCAUCGCACCGUAUUCUCAUCGUUCUCAUCAAUUCGACGUCUACUAAAGGCCUCUCGGCGAUGAUCAUCGAUUUCUAUCGAGUCCAUGGCCAGGGCCCCUCGACUCGCCAUCAUGUUAUCGUGCUCGUGCCUCCAAGGUCCUCUUAG